AUGGCGACAACUAAAACGACCUACCGCGUCCAGGGUAUUCCUGCUAAUGCCUCACCUGAUGACAUCAAAACAAUAAUUUCGAAGGCUUUGGGCGAAGAUGGAAUCAAGGCUGAUCCUACUAUCCAUUCACUUGGAUCAAACCCCUACAAGCCACCCAAUACCAGUACGAAAGUUGCCACAGUUACCUUUGCGCAUACGCCGGAAAACCUCGAUAGACGCGGCGAACUGACUGCCGAUGUGCCAUGGGACAACAAGAUACACCACAUCUCUGUGGAUUCUUCGUUCCAGGGCUUUACGCCUUUGAAUGAUACGGAAGACGAAAUUGGGGAUAUGAUAGACGUUAUUGCAAUCAGCGGACUUAGCAGUCAUCCUUUUGGUUCUUGGAAAGCAAGAGGGGGCAAAUUUAUGUGGCUGAGAGAUGAGGUUGCAAAAACGGCUAAUAGGGCUCGUGUUCUACUUUAUGGAUACAAUACAUCGCUUGUUAACAGCGAAUCGUUCCAAGACAUUGGCGAUAUUGCCAAGCGGCUGAGCUCCGAUGUCAAUGCGAUACGGGGUGGGCGGCCAGGCCAAGACGUAUUUAUGCCGACCCCAAUCGUUUUCAUCGCUCAUAGUCUCGGAGGACUGGUUGUCAAGGAGGCUAUAUAUAAGAUGUCUGAGCAGUAUCCCGAUGAUUUUCUGAGCAUAUACGGUUUAUUACUCUUUGGGGUUCCCAAUGGCGGUAUCAAGACGCAGUACUGGAUGCCGAUUGUGGAUAGAAAUCCGAACAGGGGCCUUAUAACCAGCCUCGAGCCCGAUGCCUACUAUUUAAGAAGUUUGCAAGAUAAUUUCAACCGGGUAUUUUGUUUUCCCGAUGCAAGGGUAACAUCUGUCUAUGAGACAAUGAAGAGUGCAACUACCAAGGUUAGUAGAAAGGCUAAGUUUUCAUUUCAUAUAGCUGAUGCGUUUAAAUAG